UGAGUGAGUGAGCGAGCGAGCGAGCGCGUGCGGGCGGUUUUUCACUGCAGAGCCAGCGCGCGCCGUGAGCUCGGUACCGUGUGCGGCUCCGGUGCGGGAUUUUUUUUCCCUCCUCUCGCUCGCGCAUCAGUUACAAUGGCUUAAUAAAGCGUCGCGCGCUGCACGUCUCGGUGCUGAGUGUCAUCUCUUUAUUUUGUUUUGUUUUAUUUUUUUCCGUUCUACCGGAUUUGUCCUUGUUUUCAUGCCCGCGCGCAGUAUGUGAACGCCAUGCGGGCGGCGCGGUGCCUCCUCCUGUGGGCUGCGGUCUCCGUUACAGGCUGGAGCACCGCAUCGCGGCAAUGGCGAGAGAGAGGAGGGGGGAUCGGGAUCGGGAACGGAGACGGGCGCGCGCAUCGUGAGGAAGAGAUCACGCGGCCGCAGCGGCUCCAGCAGCGCGCGGAUGGAGAGGGAGGCGAGCUCGCGCACGGUCGCCUGGAUACCAGAGUGAAGAGCGAGGACGCCGACGCGCUUCACCCGAUUCAUCUCGCUCAGCUGUCGUUCCUGGUGAAGGCGUUUGAGACGUCAUUCAUUUUGGACCUGGAGCUCAACCAUGAUCUCUUGUCUUCAGACUACGUGGAGAGACAUUUCAAUGAAGAAAGAACACCAUUUCAUAAUCAGGGAGGAGAGCACUGUUAUUAUCACGGCACAGUAAGAGGAGCGAAAGGUUCCUGGGUCGCUCUCUCCACCUGCCAUGGCCUCUGGGGGAUGUUCUCAGAUGGCAACUUUUCUUACGGGAUUGAACCCUUACCACACGUCGAUGAGCAGGGACAAAACGCUCAUGUUGUGUACAGACUGCCUGACCUUCAGCUCAAUGCACCACACUGCCCUGAAUGCAAUGCUACCAGUGACCCGGACUCAGCUGUGGAUGAUGUCACACCUGUUUCUGCUGAGAGUGAUGGGCCCACUUUCACACACGGCCUGAGACGGGUCAAACGCCAGAUCCGGAGGCCACCACGUACUGUUCAGACCGAGACCAAAUAUAUCGAGCUGCUAGUGGUGAAUGACUAUGACCUGUUUGUGCAGAUGCGCAGGUCGACUGCGCAAACACGCAACUUUGCGAAAGCCAUCGUCAAUAUGGCCGACGCAAUUUAUAAAGAACAACUCAACACAAGGCUGGUGCUUGUCGCCAUGGAGACGUGGUCAUCCCAGAACAUGGUUUCCGUGGGCGACGACCCUCUGAUGACUCUGCGUGACUUUAUGAAAUACAGGAGGGAGAACAUCAAAGAGAAGAGCGAUGCUGCACACUUGUUCUCGGGGCGCACGUUUCAGAGCAGUCGCAGCGGAACGGCGUACAUCGGGGGUAUCUGUUCUGCUACACGCGGCGGAGGAGUCAACGAGUAUGGAAACGUGGGUCCCAUGGCCAUCACGCUGUGUCAGAGUUUAGGACAGAAUCUGGGCAUGAUGUGGAAUAAAGACCGCGCCACCGCAGGAGACUGCAGAUGUCCGGACCCUUGGCUCGGCUGUAUCAUGGAGGACACUGGGUACUACCUGCCCAGGAAGUUCUCCCGCUGCAGUGUGGAGGAGUACGUACGCUUCCUGCAGGACGGAGGAGGCAGCUGUCUGUUCAACAAACCCACUAAGUUACUGGAUCCUCCUGAAUGUGGAAACGGAUUCGUGGAGCAAGGAGAGGAGUGUGACUGCGGCUCGCAGGUGGAGUGCUCUCGAGCAGGAGGAGCAUGCUGUAAGAAGUGCACUCUUACCCAUGAUGCAAUGUGCAGUAACGGACUGUGCUGUAACAGAUGUAGGUAUGAGCAGAGAGGGGUGGUGUGUCGAGACGCUGUAAAUGAUUGCGAUAUUCCAGAAAUGUGUCCUGGUGAUUCCAGUCAGUGUCCUCCUAACGUACAUAAACUGGACGGCUACAUGUGUGACACAGGACAGGGUCGCUGUUACGGCGGUCGCUGUAAGACCAGAGACGGCCAGUGUCAGGGGCUGUGGGGUCACAACUCAGCAGACCGGGUGUGUUACGAGAGGCUGAACACUGAGGGGACGGAGAAAGGAAACUGUGGACGAGACUCCAGUGGACAGGGAUGGAUCCAGUGCAGCAAACCUGAUGUACUGUGUGGGUUUCUGUUGUGCUCGAAUAUGACGAUGAAGCCUCGUUACGGUGAUUUAGAUGGAGAAAUCACCAGUCUCACCAUCUACCAUCAAAACAAGUACCUGGACUGCCAUGGAGGACAUGCCGUGCUGGAGGAUGGCUCAGAUCUGGGUUACGUGGAGGACGGAACUCCGUGUGGUCCUAACAUGAUGUGUUUGGAGCGGCGCUGUGUGCCAGUGAUGACCUUUAACCUGUCAGUGUGUCCCGGUUCCUCCACCUCACACAUCUGUUCCGAUCAUGGGACGUGCAGUAACGAGGUGAAGUGUAUCUGUGACUCCGACUACACAGGGAAGGACUGCAGUGUGUACGACCCGCUCCCUGAUCCACAGCUUCCAGAAGGACCUGAGAAAUACAAAGGUCCGAGUGGCACAAACAUAAUCAUCGGUUCUUUAGCAGGAGCCAUACUGCUGGCAGCUAUAGUGCUGGGAGGAACAGGCUGGGGCUUCAAGAAUAUCCGCAGAGGAAGAUCUGGAGGAGGAUGAGAAGUCUGUCCGUCCGCUGUCCUGUCCUCUUUACUUCACUGUGUCCUUUACAUUCGGAGGAGAAAAGAGGAGCGAAAAACAUGUCUUCCACUCAGUCAGAAAACUCCAACCUGCACAAGCCUCUGCUUCCUGUACGUCUUUCUGCUCUUCUCUGUACCCGACGUCACGUCAGAAACAUUCCACACAGCUAAACACAGCCUCCGUAAAGCUGAAUCCACUGUGUGUCCAUUCCUUACAGUACAGAUUAGUAAAUCAGAACAAGUUCAACCACCACGUAGCAUCAGCUACACCUGCGUGUGUCCGUGUGCACGCUCCAAAACGUUCAAAAACCUUUUUUAAUUUUCCUAAUUAGCGAUUUAUCAUAUACAGUGUGUGAGCUUGUUUUCUGCAUGUUUCUUCUUAAAACUCGUGAUUUAAUGAGCGAUACAGACCGUGACGUCAGAUUUAACGAUAAGCUCUGUGCUCAGUGUUAUAACGUGAACAUUUAGGCCAUGAAAUGAGCUCGAACUUUCCGAGUUCUGAUGCACAAGUUUUUGUUUUUUUUUUUACAGGAGGCCACUGAGUCGUUCACAAUCCAUCAUUUAAAGUAACAUUAGGACCUGAGAGCAACCUGUUAAUAUACAACAUACAUUUAAUACAACGAUUCAGCACUUUAAAUAUUAUUUAAAAAAAUAUAUAUAUUUUUUUGUUUUGUUUCGUCUGUCACUCGAGGUGUUCGGAAUCAGUCUGUAGCAUCAGUCUUUACAAUUACACGCUGAAUUCCUGCCAAAUCCAGAUCUACAUUUAGAAAAUACAGUUUGUAAGGAAUUUGUCCAUUUUAGUAAAAACAGGGCCGCUUUUUAACACUUUGACAAGAAGGAACUCCGCCUCUGCGCUCCUGAAGUGCAGUCAGUGAUUAUUUUGUAGAAUGUUUUUACUGAGAAAUUCAGAAGUCUCUCUCAUUCGUGUUUGUAUUUUAUUCUCUGAUUUUAAUAACGCUAAAAUUGUUUAAUAGUCUAAUAGCAGCUUUCUGUAGCUGCAAAAAACAACAUUUUCUUUUUCUCCCAAGUCAGCCUGAGAAUGAGGAGCUUACAAGAAAAAAGACAAUUUAAAAAAAAAAGACAGAUACACAGUUAGUACGAUUGAAUUUGUGUGAGUUUAAAGGAAAGCGUAAAGUUCGAUAUAAAUCUGCUCUACACAUCGUCAUCUCUCAGAUCAGUCGUUUAAAUUAAUCUGAGAUUUGUGUACUUUUCUGUAUUAAAAGAGUAAACUCUUGGAUUUGGCCCGAGCGAACGUGAACGCUAAAUUUUCCCCGAGGUUCAGAUUUAUUUAUUUUAGCCUGAGCUCUUGUUUCUAACAGCGCAGAGAAUCCAGAAAAGAAAAGUGGAAUAAAUAUAGAAAUAUCCACUAGCACACACAGACUUUACACUGUUCUGAGCCGGUUUGAGCCGAAUAUACACAACACACACACACACACACACUUAAUCAUCACUGUAAAAACUGAGCACUGAAGCAUUCCUACUAAUCUUCUGUAUUUGAUCUUAUAUUAAUCCAUUUAAAGUGUGUUAUGAAGCUGCUUUUUUUCACAAUAUCAGCCAUCUAGCGAUAUUAAAUUACCGUAUGCAUAAACGUCUGAAUGUGACUUUAAACACGACUAAGCACGAAGUUGCAUUUUCUUCUACAUGUAUCUCGUGUGUGUGUGUGUGUGUGUGUGUGUGUGUGUGUGUGUGUGUGUGUAGUAGACGUCCAUGGAAACAUUCUGCCAUUUUUAAAUUCGUAUAGAAUGAUCUAUACUUGUACACUGUACGCGUGAGUGUGAUGCAGGGACGCAUCCCGUGUGAACAUGCAAUAUAUCGCAAUAUGUAGUGUGUGUGUGUGUGUGUGUGUGUGUGUGUGUGUGUGUGUGUGUGUGUGUGAAUGCUACUCGUGUAAAUACUGUAUAUACAGUACACCUGUGUUAAGACAUAAGCACAAACCGAUCGCAAUCUAUGUGUUUAAGGAAAAGUAUUUCAAAGUUCUGAGAUAAAACACCAAAUGUGACGACGCAGGUCAGCGUUUAAAGACUGCCAGCUUUUCAUUUCGAACGAAGCACCUGUCGUACCUGUUCACUUCACUCUGAAAGUAUUCAGAGCCUCUCUCUCUCUCUCUCUCUCUCUCUCUCUCUCUCUCUCUCUCUCCAUCCUUCUCUCCCUCUCUCUCUCUCUCUCUCUCUCUCUCUCUCUCAGGGCAUGAGUGAUGAUGACUGAUAACUGAUUAUAUUACAGUUUUAUUCACAUUCACAGACACGCCGUCACACAGCUAGAAACCCGUCCUCAUUCACACACAGGAGAAAAACAGCAACGAAUUUGAAGAAGAAAAAAACAAAAAGGCAGCAAUUCCAUCCUCAAAUCUCGAUUCUCACACGACUAACAAAACCAAAUCUUCUGUUUGUAACCAGAAUAAUAAUAAUAAUAAUCAGUAGUCAUUUUAAGUUUUAAAAGUGUUCGCUGUUUAGUUAAUAAAUCUGUUUCUAGCAAUGGGAAUCAGCUUUUUUUUUUAAAAAAACAAACCAAACAAACACGCAGCAAUACAUCAUCAGCAAACUGAGAAUCAGAUUUCUGACUGAACUUUUUAUUUUCGUUUCAGAUUUUUCCUGCUGAAAUUCAUUAAUAUUCUAAUAUUUGUUUAUACUUUAUUCAUUAGAAUUUCUUUAAAUUCUGCUUCUUUCUGAAAACAGACUGAAGCGCCAGUUGAAUUUAAAUGAUAUAUUCAUAUACAGUAUAUUUACUCAUAUCCACACACACACACACACACACACACACCACAAAAGCUAACUGGAUUGUUAAAUCUUGCUUGCAUUUUUUUUUUUUUUUUUUUUUCCUCAAGAAGCUAAUUUUCACCCAAAAGCAAAAUGAACUGGUCCAUUCCUUUAUUAAUAACGUCACUAAAUUAGUACGAAUCUGAGCCAUAAAAGCCAAAAAGAUUAACGUGAAAAUAAAAAAUAUUCAGGGAUGAAAUCUGUUGUAAUAUUCAGAGCACCUUUAAAUCCAGCUGUGAUUUAUUAAAUCGUGACUUUUGCAGGUCGUCAGAUGGAAAAGUUCAGUAUUUUAAAAGACUUUAUUUUUUUUUUUUUGAAUUCAGAAGGCUGGAUCGAUGCACUGGAGGCCUUUAAGAGACAAAUUACAGCCAUACAGUUAAAGAUUAAUGUAUAAAAUGAUAUUAUUUAUCACGUGAUUUUUCACUAAAUUUGCUGAAAAGGCAGAAAAGCAAAACCGACUGGCGUACGUGCAGGAUAUAAACUCCUAGUCUUUAAUAUAUUAAUCUUAAUAGGUGAAGAUUAAUGUAAAUCAGGGAUACAAUCAGUUUUAAUAUUAUUAUAAUGAAACCCUUUGAAAUGACAGAGGAACUAGUAGAAACCCUGGUCAUGUGAUUUGAAUUUAGCAGUAAAGAUGAUUUAGGAAUUAAAACACGCCCAGAAAUGAGCCUGAGUGCACUUUGAGCACACUGUGAUGAUGAACUGGGUUUGAGUUGAGUGGAAACACCGCCAGCGGAUCUUCAGUAGCGUUCAGCCGAUACUCGAGCUUUAUCUCUACACUGCUGUUUAUGCACAUAUAGAAAUAUAUACACACAUAUACUAUUCUAUAUAGAGAGAUUAUGGAAUAUUGUGUAUUUACAGGACUGUACACCAGCCUGAGCGCAAAUGCAACUACACACUGUACAUUUCUCCUCAUAAUCACAAUGUACAUUAUUAAUUCUUACUGAAUUUACACAUCUGUAUCAUCCAUAUAGCACAUAUUACACAUAUAGUCUUCUUCUUCUUCUUCUUCUUCUUCUUAUCAUUAUUAUUUAAUGGAAUAUGAUUAAGCACACAUUUAGCGUUACUGACGGCACGGAGUUUGAUCUCGAUCAGAACGUGACCUGAUUAUACUGUUUUUAUAGCGUAACUUUACAAAAAACUCUCACUUACAGUCAAACAGCAUUCAGGAAUAAAAAUAAAGGAUUUAUUUACAGUAAAUUACCACCAAGAACAUCAAAAGACUCCGUUACAAUACUGUACGCUUGUUUAAAAAUAAAUGAAUAAUUCAAAAAAAAUCACCAUAAAUUACAUAAAAAAAUGAAACAGUUAAAGGACAAAUUUCUAGUAAAGUGUGUAUUAUUGAUAAAAAGUAAAGGAUUUACAGUAAACGUCCAUAAAAACAAAUAAAGGACAAGUUUUAAAAAUUACCAUCAAUCUAAAAAUGACGUACAGUGAAUUCCCAUUAAUCAAGAAAAAAAUAAAGGACUAUUUUACAAUAAAUUACCAAAGUUUAUACUGUAAAUGAUUUUUUUAAUGACUACAAUGUUUAAAAAAAAAACAACUCAUUUUUUAUGAAUUUUAAAAAAUGACCAAUUUAAAAAAAAGGACUUGCUGUGAAUUACUAUUAAUUAAAAAUAAAUAAAUAAAUAAAUAAAUUGCAGACUUUGGGUAAAUUCAAUAAAAAAAAUGAACGGUUAAAUUUUUAGUAAAGUACCAUUAAUAAUAAAAAACUAAUAAAUUAUAGUAAUUAUUUACAGUCCAUUGCCAUCAGUACAAACAUUUACAGGACCAGGUUUUAGUGCAGCAUUAGUAAUAAAAAAAUCAAUAAAUGAAAGGACUAAUUUACAGUCAGUUUUUAUGAAUAAAUUGACAUUGUUUUCCAGUAAACUACUCUUAAUAAAAAUAUGAAAGGGUUAAUUUACAGUAGAGGAUUAAUGAAAAUAGAGGAGAGGGUUGAGUUAAAUGCAGCGCUGAUGAGAGAAGUGAAGUGUAGAGGAGAGACUCGGGUGUAAAAUGUGCAGUAAUGAAUUUGUUUUGUUUUGUUUGUGGUGUGUGAUUUGGUGUAGCACUGCCUCCGGCCUCUGAACCCCACUUACUGCACACAUCACAGCUCAGAGACUACAGCGUUAACUCCGUCAGUGUGUGUGUGUGUGUGUGUGUGUGUGUGUGUGUGUGUGUGCACUACAGCGUUAACUCCGUCAGUGUGUGUGUGUGUGUGUGUGUGUGCACUACAGCGUUAACUCCGUCUGUGUGUGUGUGUGUGUGUGUGUGUGUGUGUGUGUGUGUGUGUGCACUACAGCGUUAACUCCGUCUGUGUGUGUGUGUGUGUGUGUGUGUGUGUGUGUGUGUGUGUGUGUGUGUGUGUGUGCACUACAGCGUUAACUCCGUCUGUGUGUGUGUGUGUGUGUGUGUGUGUGUGUGUGUGUGUGCACUACAGCGUUAACUCCGUCUGUGUGUGUGUGUGUGUGUGUGUGUGUGUGUGUGUGCACUACAGCGUUAACUCCGUCUGUGUGUGUGUGUGUGUGUGUGUGUGUGUGUGUGUGUGUGUGCGCACUACAGCGUUAACUCCGUCAGUGUGUGUGUGUGUGUGUGUGCACUACAGCGUUAACUCCGUCUGUGUGUGUGUGUGUGUGUGUGUGUGUGCGCACUACAGCGUUAACUCCGUCUGUGUGUGUGUGUGUGUGUGUGUGUGUGUGUGUGUGUGUGUGUGUGUGCACUACAGCGUUAACUCCGUCUGUGUGUGUGUGUGUGUGUGUGUGUGUGCACUACAGCGUUAACUCCGUCUGUGUGUGUGUGUGUGUGUGUGUGUGUGCGCACUACAGCGUUAACUCCGUCUGUGUGUGUGUGUGUGUGUGUGUGUGUGUGUGCGCACUACAGCGUUAACUCCGUCAGUGUGUGUGUGUGUGUGUGUGCACUACAGCGUUAACUCCGUCUGUGUGUGUGUGUGUGUGUGUGUGUGUGCGCACUACAGCGUUAACUCCGUCUGUGUGUGUGUGUGUGUGUGUGUGUGUGUGUGUGUGUGUGCGCACUACAGCGUUAACUCCGUCUGUGUGUGUGUGUGUGUGUGUGCACUACAGCGUUAACUCCGUCUGUGUGUGUGUGUGUGUGUGUGUGUGUGCGCACUACAGCGUUAACUCCGUCUGUGUGUGUGUGUGUGUGUGUGUGUGCACUACAGCGUUAACUCCGUCUGUGUGUGUGUGUGUGUGUGUGUGUGUGUGUGCACUACAGCGUUAACUCCGUCUGUGUGUGUGUGUGUGUGUGUGCGCACUACAGCGUUAACUCCGUGUGUGUGUGUGUGUGUGUGUGUGUGUGCACUACAGCGUUAACUCCGUCAGUGUGUGUGUGUGUGUGUGUGUGUGUGUGUGUGUGUGUGUGCACUACAGCGUUAACUCCGUCAGUGUGUGUAUGUGUGUGUGUGUGUGUGUGUGUGUGUACUACAGCGUUAACUCCGUCUGUGUGCGUGUAUGUGUGUGUGCGUGCGUGUGUGUGUGUGUGUGUGUGUGUGUGUGUGCACUACAGCGUUAACUCCGUCAGUGUGUGUGUGUGUGUGUGUGUGUGUGUGUGUGUGUCUGUGCACUACAACGUUAACUCCGUCAGUGUGUGUGUGUGUGUGUGUGUGUAUGUGUGUGUAUGUGUGUACUACAGCGUUAACUCCGUCUGUGUUUGUGUGUGUGUGCACGCGUGUGUGUGCGUGUGUGUGUGUGUGCACUACAGCGUGACGGAUAUAAGGCCGUUUUUUAUGCAUGUUUCUGUGUUUAUGACGGGUUUAGUCUCAGGUUCGGGCCACGAUAUGAAUAUUGUUAACUUCCUCCCUGAUUUAAACUCCUCGUUAUAACCACGAUGUAACGAUUUACACGUUUUAACACUUUGUGAGUGGAUUUUUAUCUGGUUUUCUAGCGCUCGGCCGUGUGCCGCAUGUCUCCUGCUCUGCUCUGACAGAACGCACAUCGCUACAGAGCACAGUUCACUUUACAUUAUGUUCGUAAUUGUAGAUGAUUUCUGAUCAGUAUGUACAUAUGCACGCAUUCACAGGUAUCUGUAUAUAUAAACAUUAACACUUCUGUAUAUUAUUAGCUCUAAUCUAAUGUGGGUGUAUGAAACACACAGCUGUAACCUCAUUAACGCUAACGCUAACACAUGCUAAGCUAACAAUCGCUGCAUUAUAGGAAAUGUAUUCCAUACCAUUGCGACGUUUGAUUGUAAAUUACUGUAUAAUUACGCAGAAGCUUUAUGAUGCGUGGAGGUGACGCAGGACGUGUGGAAAUAAAAGCACACGCCUGACUGAGACCUGAUCGAAUGGCUGGUGAGAGAAAAACAACGUCCAUCUUUUCAGAUCAAAUUCACUUCCAUGUUGCUUUAAGACGAACCGCAGUGUAACGUGAGAUCCAGAUUUUUUUUUUUCUGUAUUAAUCAAAAGGCUGAAAUAAAAAAAAAUGACAACAUGAAAA